AAGGCUAGGAGGAAUUUUGUUCAAUAAUUAUUUGUUUUUGUUUCAGAUCAACUUUGAUAUAUCAAAAAUUAAAAUGGACGUAACAACUGCAUACACAUACGAAAUAAGAUGAACGCACAAAGAAACAUGAAAGAAAAAAGAAAUACCUAACAAUGCAUGAGACGGAGUUCUUGUAUUCAACCGACAAUGUCCCGGAGAUCGCUUACAUACAGCUCAAUUAUACAAUAGAUUUCAAUGAGACGACACAGAACAGCACGGUGUCGACAGAAGAGGGUGGAGUUAACAACUGGUGGGCGCUUGUUGCUCUGAUGCUGGUGGUUGGCACAGCAGCUGGAAACGUACUUGUCUGUCUGGCGAUAUAUUUGGAGCGACGGUUGCAAAAUGUGACGAAUUACUUCCUGAUGUCAUUGGCUAUUACUGAUCUCCUUGUUGCUAUCCUGGUGAUGCCGCUGGGGAUUCUGACUUUGGUUAGAGGUUACUUCCCUUUACCCGCAGCGUAUUGCCUCACCUGGAUUUGUCUGGACGUCCUACUCUGUACAGCAUCAAUCAUGCAUCUCUGCACUAUCAGUGUGGAUAGAUACCUCUCGCUACGCUACCCGAUGAGGUUUGGCAGAAACAAAACAAGAAAACGAGUGACCGUGAAGAUUGCUUUCGUGUGGAUACUGUCUAGCGCCAUGAGUCUACCUUUAAGUCUCAAAUAUUCGAAGAACGCAGAAUCCGUUCUGGUCGGGGGCUCUUGCCAAGUCCCAGACCCGCUGUACAAGGCAAUCGGUUCCAUCAUCUCUUUCUACAUACCUCUUGGAGUGAUGCUGCUGACGUACGCUCUGACGGUGCAGCUCCUGGCGAGGCAGAGGAAGGGUCUCGGCGCCGGCUGGGCACCAGGGUGGCUUGGUGCGCCUGCCAUCGGUAGCUGUAGGAUUGUCGUCGAUGUACUUGGAAGAGGUUUCUCGGUCCAAGGACUGGUACUCCUCAGCAUUCCGCAGCAUCUACAGAGACCGAGCUGCCUCCAAUCGACACCAGAGACCUUUGGCUCCAAGACUCAAGGUACCUGA